ACUCGCCUCCAGCCGGUUCCGGGGACCCCGCCGCCUUUUCUCGACGGACCGUUAACUGGAGGAGAAGAGCGGGAACGCGGCCGGGGCGCCGCCCCGCGCCCUCAGUUGGCCAUCGCCAUGCCGCCUGGCAGCUCCCGCAGGCGCUCCAGAAGUCGGAGCGGUUCUCGUGGACGGCCUGAGCGAAGCAAGGAAAUGAGGAGGAAGAGGGGCAGUAAGGAGAGACGGCGGAGCCGCUCGGCCUCGGGCUCCCGGAGCCGCAGGCCCAGGGCUGCAUCGCACAAGCCAGAGAGGAGCAAGGACCGGGGCCGGAAGAGGAGGCGACCCAGUUCCUCCUCCUCCUCCACUUCAUCUUCCUCCUCCUCUUCCUCUUCCUCCUCCUCUUCCUCGCGAUCCUCAAGUGGUGGCCGGAAGAAGCGGUCCAAGCGCAAAGACAAGAAGCGGAGGAAGAAGAAGAAGAAGAAAGCAAAGAAGAAGGUGAAGAAGAAAUGCAGGGAGAAGGGGGAGGCGGGCACCCAGAGCCCGCAGGGCAUGCCGGGCCCUUCGCUGGAUCAGUGGCAGAAAGAGCCCCUGGAGGAAAGCGGUCCAGUCCUGACCGACGAACAGAAGUCCCGCAUCCAGGCCAUGAAGCCAAUGACCAAAGAGGAGUGGGAUGCCCGGCAGAGUGUCGUCCGCAAAGUGGUGGAUCCUGAGACCGGCCGCACCAGGCUCAUCAAGGGAGAUGGAGAAAUUCUGGAGGAAAUUGUAACCAAAGAGAGGCACAAAGAGAUCAACAAGCAAGCCACCCGGGGCGAUGGCCUGGCCUUCCAGCUGCGGGCCGGGCUGCUGUAGUAAGCACCCGCCCUGUGCUUCCUUCGCCGAGUCCUGCCCCUCAGGUCCAGUUCCUGCUCCCGGAGGGUCAGUGCUGAGGGCAGCGAGGUCAGGCAAACCGUCUCCUCGGUGGUUGAAGUACGCCUCUUGCUGCUCCUCCCAGGCCCAGCCCGACCUGGCCCCGGCCCAUUCACCCUGGGAGGGCGGGUAGCCGUCCCCUCCCAUCCCAAGACAUCCAGCCCGGGCUCCCUCCCGGCUGCCACGCUAGCCGGUUGACUGGGCUGGGAUGGGAGGGGCUACCUCCCGGUCCUCUCCCAGCACCCAGCUGGGAGGGGGAAGCUGUCGGCACCCGCUAGCACCUGCCCCAGGCUGGGGAGCGAGACCCCCCGGGGACUGGUGACUGCUUCAUCUGUACCGACUGUAAAAUAAAACCCACCCCGAUCUUGG